ACAAGCGUAGCCAUUUUAGAAAAUCAAAACAGAGUGAAAAUUUCGGUGUACAUGGGAGCGGUGCUGGAAAAGUGAUUUUUCUUACGUGAGUUGAUCGGGAAAAUUUAAGUGAAAUGUUCUAAUCGAAUGGAAUUUGUUCGUCCGAGAAGGAACCAUGUGGUUACGGAGCGAAACCAGAGACCGGAGGCUACGUUCCGGGGGUGCUCGUGUAACGGUAAAAAAUAAAAAGCAUGCAAAAUCACAGCAACAAAAGCCCAAGCGCAGCCCUGCCGAUGUGAUUAACACGCGGAGAAGCGCGCACGUUCAACUUCCCGCAACGGGGACUGGAUCGAGCAACACCGUCGCACGUAUUUCGCUUCGUUCCGGAAACAAAACUAGUCCCAGGCGGCUGAACAAAGUAGUCCGACGAAACAGUAAACUUCCGGCGCUUAGCUCCGAAGAUAAUGCGAUUCCAGAGGAUUGCAAAGAAAACUGUUGGCAGGACAACAAUGAUCUCACACUUUUCGAUUCCACAAUCAGUCUUAAGAACCAAUAUGAAGCAACCAAUCUGUUCUCCAAGAAGGCGGACGAGAUUGGAGCGCCUGACGAUUUUAUCAAUCAGUUUGGAGUAAUAGCGUACGAGUCGAGCAAAACGACGACAUCGACCAUAACGUCGUCGAAUGCCAUCAUCUAUUCUCAGUCGGUUGAACCAUUAAAAUCAAAAUGUAUAACCGAGUGCGAUAGCACCACUGAAAUUGAUUGUGAUAUAAGCUAUCCCUCAACGUCUGGAUUCUGCAACCGGCGCCUUAAAAACCCGCUCGAGUCUUCUAUGCCUCAGCAGGAUAUUGUCGUUCCGGAGGUGGACUCGACAACCGAUACUAUUCCAGACACUACCAAUGAAAUUGCGCCAAGUGCAACUCAAAUAAUUUCCGCAUUUUCAUCUUCGACAUCCUCGUCCUCCUCAUCGUCGUCAUCCUCAUCUUCGUCCACAUCUUCCUCGCUAUCGUCUACUUUCCAACCAACUGGUUAUAGCAGUUAUUCGUCUGUGUCCGGUACCGAGGAUCAAACUGCGUCCAGCAGUUACUCACCCAACCCCACUGCGUCGGAUUUGAUAUCUAUGUUCGACGAUGAGCAUUACAAAACCUCUGCCGAGCUUUGCCAGUAUACAGAUUUCCUUCCCUAUAACACCCUUUUGACGCAAGCCCUGCUAAGUUGCGGAGAUGUAUCGAGUCUGAAUCUGAACUGCACCCAAACGCUGUCUGAAAACAUCACAACCGGAGUGAACGAUGCUGGAUUCCUCUCGUCAAUCAAUCCCACCGCGAUUGAAAAUUUGAAGGCUUUGACCAACUUCCAAAGCGUGGCCACCGUCGAUGAAGCAGGCUCUAGUUCGGGUGGUGCGUUCUUAACUGAGAUUGGAAGCCGGUGUAAUGAAUCAUCCGGUGCGCAUGAUGGGGGCCAGCUGGGAGGUGGCGAAUCGUUGAUCCAUAAUAUCGAAUGCAACGAAACGAUUGCGAUGUGUGGUGACGAAAGUGAAAGUGGAAUACAGCUGGAAUCCGAUGAAUGCAUGGAAAUUGAGGAAUCCAACGAUGGUCAACACGAACAUGUCGCGUGGGAAACAUUCGAUCCGUACGUGUUUAUAAAACAUUUACCGCCACUGACGUGCGAGAUGCGUUCCAAAUGUCCUGCCCUACCAUUGAAAACCCGAUCAAGCCCAGAAUUCAGCCUGGUGUUGGAUCUCGACGAAACGCUGGUCCACUGCAGCUUGCAGGAACUGUCGGACGCUAGCUUCAAGUUCCCGGUGCUGUUCCAGGAGUGUAAAUAUACGGUGUUCGUGCGAACGCGACCAUUCUUCCGUGAGUUUCUCGAGAAGGUUUCGCAGCUCUUCGAAGUUAUUCUGUUUACUGCCUCGAAGCGAGUGUAUGCCGAUAAGCUGCUCAAUCUUCUCGAUCCUGAGCGACGGUUGAUAAAGUAUCGUUUAUUUCGUGAACAUUGUGUGCUAGUCAAUGGCAACUAUAUCAAAGAUUUGACCAUUCUCGGAAGAGAUCUAUCCAAAACGAUCAUCAUUGACAAUUCACCACAAGCAUUUGGGUAUCAGCUGGAAAAUGGGAUCCCCAUCGAAAGUUGGUUUAUGGAUCAAAGUGAUUCCGAGUUGAUGAAAAUUUUACCCUUCUUGGAACGGUUGGCAGAAAUGAGAGAAGAUGUGCGUCCUCACAUUCGAGAGAAAUAUCGUUUAUUUUCGUAUCUACCACCGGAUUAAGGGCGACGGACGUAAACUAUCAGUAUAUUCGCAUAGUUAAAAUGAAAUUGCAUCUCUUAGGCAAGUGUUUUUGUGUUGUUCUCAUUACACACACACAGAUAUGUGUAAAGAUAAAUUAAAAACGUAGCUCUUAAGUACGACACCUAGAUAAAAGAACGCAUAAACAUACACAUUUAGACAGGGGUACACCAAACAACAUGACUAAGUAAACAAAAAAAAACAUUGAAUAAGCAUCGUUGGAUGUUCUAAACAGUUACAAGUAAAUUAACAAGUAACCAUAGAGUGCAACCAUUAUUUGAUACGGCGAGAACUUUGUGCACGGUAGACUUUUUCCCCAGAUCAAAUCGUAAAAGUUACUGUUUUUCACUUAGUUAUUAAUGGGUUCAAAAUCCUUGCAAAUAUUGAGCAUUAACAAAAAAGUGAGUUGAAUUAUGCAUCAAGGCAAACGUUAGCGUAGAUUGCAAUACGAUACAGAUAAUCUAUAGAAUCUAUACACAUAUUUAACUAGAGUCAUAGUGAUUAGACUUGCUUAGGAAGGGCACGAAGUAAACAAGAAGCGACAUUUUGCAGUGAACUUUAAAACAAUUAAGUUGUGAGCAAAAAUGAUUGUUUACAUUGUCCUAUGCAUAACGAGCAUUAUUGUUAUAACUAAUUUGAUAUUAUUAUUUUUUAUUUAUUGAUGAAAUUCCUUUGUAUGAUUAUUGAUGUACGAUAACAUUAUUUUAAAAUGUAAAAUCUAUAUAUUGUUCUAUUGUGUACAGAAACAUUAUUAUUAAAGCUUAGAUCAAAAAUACA